AUGCCGGACAGGUGCGCUGUAUAUGGCUGCUCAAAUCAAGCAAGUUUAGAAAAUAAUGUUUCUGUGCAUCGGAUUCCUUUUCUAAACGAUGACAGAGUUGAGGCGAAGAAGAGAAGGAAGAAAUGGGUUGAUUUUGUGAUGACAACUCGCGAAAAGUGGAAACCCACUGUAAAUUCGGCUGUGUGUUCUGAGCAUUUUCCUAAAGAUUCUUUUCAGAGAAGAUUUGACUUUGAAAAAGUAUUGUGCAAGGCUACUUAGGGAUGAAAUCGGAAUUUUAGCUUAUCCCACUCUGCAUCUGAAACACAAAACGAAAAAAGAACCUUUGUCACGCGAUAAAAGAAUGGUGAGUAUAAAAUGUAGUACAUAUAUUAUUGUAAAGCUUUGUAUGAUUUUAAGUCUCGGUUGACUUUUUAAUACUUGUUGUAUUUUUCACAGCAAAAAAGAAAUGUCAUAACCAGCCUCGCCAGUCACUCAGAGCAACCGCAUACAAAGAAGUCGAAAGGUGAACAGCAUCCCACCGUUUGUUUUGAUGAAAAUGAACAUCUAGACGAAUUUUGUGAUGAAAAUUUUCUUGUGGAAGGACCCUCGGUUAGUUUUGUGUUUGUUAGUGUUUGAUUUGAGCAAAGUGUAUAACAUUUGAAUUAAAACAUGUUCUGUUUAUCGCUCACAGACACAGCUCAAAGACGUUGAAGUCCAAUGUUGCCUUGUCGAUAAGUCGACUCGACAUUAUAAAAACAUGUGGGCUACCGCAAAAUAUAAACUUCAACGUUGCCGAAAUGAACUCAAGAAAUGUAAAGUUAAACUAGGUAAGACGAAAUUUAUUAUAUGAUUUAUGUUUACAUGUAAUUAGCCUUUUUGCAAGAGUUGACUGACUUUUCCGAGCCAACUGGCCUCGAUAUAUUUUUAGCCAAUUUGUUAUUUAUUGAAGGCGAGAUGAAUAUUCGAGAAUUGAGGUGCUUGUUUCACCAUUUGUUUGUUUCACCAUUUGUUUGUUUCACCAUUUGUCCGCUGUGCCUGUGGCUUUUUUAGAUUGUUUUGGACUGCCGGCUUUUUAUGAUAUUACUAAAAACGCGAAUGCAACUUUUUCCUUGAAAAACGGCUAACGUCAUGUUUUCACGUCAAAGCACAGCGGAAAUACGACUAUAUUCUUUUUUGCCGGAAAUUUCAAACUAUUAUUAGCUGUUAUCAACAUAAUUUCUCAUGAACCAAUCAAAUGUCGAGCGACAUUCUCAUGAUGUUGAUUUCAACACGUUAUAAAUAUUGUAGUCGCAUUCCUGAAUGUUUUGACGUGAAAACAAUGACACGUUUUAAAAAGAAAAGUAUCACAAUAUUCGCAGAAUUGGUAAUAUUUCUAUUAUUUUUCAAGCGUUCUCAAUUACAUGGUAGGAUCAAGUGUACGCUAACUGAAACAUUGUACUGUACAGGUUAUAUUGGGUGUGCAAGCGAAUCAAGCGAAUCGAGUUCUGAUGAUGAAGCUAAUAGUUGGUUGGACAAGUUCAAUAACUUUAUGGGUGAUGUUUGUUUGGGACACUCGAACAUUGUGCUUGCAGGAGACUUCAAUAUGCCACAUGUAUCAUGGGAUUCGCCAGAGAAAACAUCAGGUGGUAACGAAAAUACCUUCGUAGAACUGCUCCAUGACCAUUUCUUGGAACAACUAAACACCGCGCCUACUAGAGGUAACAACACGUUAGAUCUCGUUCUUACCAAUAUUCCCAACAAAGUCAAAAUAUGUGAAAUUUUGUCUCCAACUCAAGCAGAACUUUUCACUGAUCACAACAUUAUUGUGUUUGAACUUUCAUUGUGUCAUAAUCAACUGCCAAAGAUACGCAGAACUGUCUAUAAUUACCGUCAAGGUGAUUUUGCUGGCUUACGAACUUCCCUUGAAUGUCUAAAUCUGGAUUCCCUGAUUACAACUGACGACAAUAUUAACCACGACUGGCAACAAUGCAAGAAGGCGUUCCUAGAAGCAGUAUCCCAACAUAUACCAUUUACGAGAGUAAAGGGUCGAAACUAUGUUCCGUGGAUGAAUUCUACAAUUCUACACAACAUCAAGAAGAAAAACUCUCUCCGCCUCAGAAUUAAGAAAUCCCAUACACCAACUGAAUAUCUCGUUGAAAAGUUCAAAACCCUUCGUCGUUCCAUCAAGCGCAUGUUACGUAACAGUCGCUCCAAAUAUUUCGACUCUAUUUGUUCCAGCCGUGGGCUUAAUCCCAAACGCUUCUGGUCCCUGUUCAAGCUCAAUAAUAAGACCCGGAACAUUCCUCAAAAGCUCUUGGUGAAAGUAAAUGAAACCAAAAGAGCAUUCGCGGGAAAUCCAGCAGAUAUUGCUACCCUCUUCAACAACUACUUCACAUCUAUAUUUACCACUGAUCCAAAUAUCGAAAACUGCAGCCCUGAAGCUCUUUCAUAUCAGUCUAACAAUACUAUCAUAGAGGACAUUACCCUUUCGGAAGCCGACGUUUUCUCCGUAUUGCAUAAUCGCGACAUUAAUAAAGCUCAAGGUCCAGAUGGGAUUCCUGCACGUUUGUUAAAAGAAACAGCUUGCCAAAUUUCUCCGUCACUAACUGUCUUGUUUAAUAAAUCUCUGAGCACUGGCGUGUUACCACGCGACUGGAAACUAGCAAAUGUUGUUCCCGUCCACAAAAAAGACAACAAAGAGCACGUAGAAAAGUAUCGACCGAUUUCGCUUCUUUCGCUUAUCUCGAAAGCAUUGGAAAGAUGCGUGUUCAAUAAGAUCAAAGACCACGUUUUGGAACAGAUUAACAACGGUCAACAUGGCUUUGUUCCUCGGAAGUCCUGUGUUACACAGCUCAUUGAAGUCUUUGAGUAUAUUGGUCGUGAGCUGGAUCUUGGGAAACAAGUUGAUGUAAUCUACUUGGAUAUGUCCAAGGCGUUUGAUCGAGUAAGCCACAUGCAACUGUUGAAACGACUUCGUGAUUUUGGAUUCGGUGGAAAUAUUCUAAAGUGGUUUAGAUCUUACCUCAAGGACAGUCGGCAGCAGACUACAGUACUUGGUGCAACAUCAUCAGCACUACCAGUAACCUCCGGAGUUCCACAAGGCUCAAUCCUUGGACCUCUGCUAUUCCUAUUAUAUCAGAAUAAUCUCCCCAACUCCAUCAACCACUCGAAGAUCGCGACGUUUGCUGACGACACAAAGAUUUACAAGGUGAUAAACGCGAAGGCUGAUGCAUCCGCUAUGGAGAAUGAUCUUGCGAACGUCCAAACCUCCUCUGCCAAUGCUAAUCGUCUCCUCAACACAGAUAAAUGUAAGACACUUCGAAUUACUAGAAAACGCAACAAAAUCGACCAUACAUACAAAUUGCACGAUUCCGCUUUGAAAACCGCAGAUUGCGAACGUGACCUUGGCGUCUGGACCUCCUCCACCCUCACAUGGUCCAAACAAGUCCUCCACCAGUGCACCCAAGCCAACAAAUCCCUCGGGUAUAUUCGACGGUCCACGAUCAAAGUCAAGACCAUCUCUGUUCGUUGGACUCUAUAUCUUACCCUCGUUCGUUCCCGCCUCGCAUACGCGUCCCAAGUCUGGGCUCCACAAACUGUUGACCUCAUUAAGCGUACAGAACGCGUUCAUAUUGAACCUACCUUUCUUCUGUGACAUUAGCUAUAACCAUCGGCUCGCAACAUUGAAUCUACUACCUUUGUGUUACUGGCAUGAGUACCUAGACAUAUUGUUCCUUUUCAAAUCACAUCAUGACAUUAUUAACCUAAGCAGCGACAUACUACCAUACCCUCAAGAUUCAAGUCAACGUACCCGUUCUACAAAUCCUGACUGCCUACAAUUUCAGACUUCAGCAUGUAAAACAUCUACCUAUCAAAAAUCCUAUCUAAUAAGGACUGCUAGAGUCUGGAACACACUGCCAAGGGAUUUAGUUACUAUUAAUGGCAUGGCAACCUUAAAGGAGUUUAAAAAUAAGUUGUAUAUCUAUUAUAAAACAGCAUUAGAUAAAUGUUAUGACGUUGACGAUCCACGAACAUGGAAAACGGUUUGCUUAAAAUGCAAUCAAGCUCGCGACCUUACAAGGCCGAUAACGUGUUGUUUUUAGAUUUUAAUAGUUUUCAGAAGUAGCUUUUCGCAUUGGUAUCUAUGGGCCUAUCCAGGGUUUUGCUGAAGGUUUAGGAUUGUGAGGAUUAAACGUCUUCUGAUUCAGUCAGCUUCCGAAACUAGAAGUGGUCAUGCGGGUCGCAAUGUGAAAAGUUGAAUCUGAUAUAGUUCGUUAACUAGAAAAUACAUGCAUGCAGAAACCCUCGCCUUGUUGACAAAACCAUUUUAUUUUCCGAACGUGAAGUAUUUUAAGUAGUUGUCAUGGUAACACGAUAAUUUUUUAAGACUAUUUUUACAAAUGAAAAAUCCCCUAUAAAUAUCACUUUUAAUACAAAAUUAUCAAUUUCCUAAACAUAUACAUGUUAGGUAUGUUAUUAUACGUAAUAUAAGCUUGAAUUUAAGGUAAAAUUCAACGACAAACGCUUCGCAAAACGUUUUAAUUAAAAUGUUCUUUUACUAUAGAACUAAACUGCCUUUAUCCAUAAACUUUGAGUUCGAAAUAAAAUGAUUCCAAAUUCUCCCAUGCAAAUAACUUUGCUUAGUAUAAUAAAAAGUGUAAUCAAUAAAGAAACACUGAAAUAAUACGCUGUCCUGUUUCAUAUUUAUACACAACGAUCGGCUUUUAAAGUAAUUACAGUAGGUAUGUUAUUAUACCUAAUAUAAGCUUCAAUUUAAGGUAAAAUUCAACCACAAACGCUUCGCAAAACGUUUGAAAGUGUUCCUUUAAUAUAGAACUAAACUGCCUUUAUCGAUAAACUUUGAGUUCGAAAUAAAAUGAUUCCAAAUUCUCCCAUGUAAAUAACAUUGCUUAGUAUAAUAAAAAGUGUAAUCAAUAAAGAAACACUGAAAUAAUACGCAGUCUUGUUUCGUAUUCUAUAUACGCAACGAUCGGCUUUUAAAGUAAUUACAGCCGAGAUUACAGUAUAUUAAUAAAAGCAAACAAUGCAUCAAUAUUUAAAACAAACUUACCUUCGUUAACGUCGGCACCUUUAUGUGCCUUUACUUCCUUCUUUUAGCAAUCCUCUUGCCUUUAUUUCAUCAAAAAUCCUUUGCAAUUUACAAAAUCUUGCAAAAAUAAAAUAUAUUUGCAAGAAAUCAUCAAAUCAAUUUCGCUGUCGUCAAUCGUCAUGCAGCCGUUAUAAUGCCAAUUUUAAAUUGGACCAAUCAGUGUUGCCUAUUCAUUACAGUCCGCUAUAUUAUGAGAUCAGUGAGGAUGACCACCCACCGAAACACGCACAGUGACCCACGCCCGCGAUAUUUGACGAACUUUAGACUUCGCUAAUGCUUUCGUUUCCCCGAGUGUAAAUAGCCGGGGGGAAUUAGUACCCUCGCACGGCGCUUCGCGCCGUCGGCUCGGGGAUAAUUGAUUUUUCUAUGUACGUAUAUAGUGUAUUUGUCUAACAUUUAGGGAUCACAGUAAUUGGCGCAAGCUGUUGCGAUUGCCCUGCCAGUUUUUGUGUUAACGUUAAUUGUUUGAAUCUGGCAAAGUUAAUAAAUUAAAUUAAUGAAGUGCUUGGAUGCGAAAAUGGCUAUGACUCUGAAAAUGACUAUGAAUCCGAGAAUGACUAUGAAUCCGAGAAUGACUAUGAAUCUGAGAAUGACCUGGUGUAUGAGAAUGAAUCCCCGUAUGACACUGAGGAUGAUUCACAGUCACAAUCAAGUACUGAAUUUGAUAUCAAUUCUGACAGUGAGGAACAUUACAAGAGGUAAUAGACGGCCGGCCAACUUGACAAAAUUCGCUUCAAAAAACCUUUGAUGGCAUUUUGUGUUACAAGCAAACAAAACAUAUAGACAUAUUGUUUAGACACUUACCUAACUUAUUAGGCCUGUUGGCACGAAAGAUUUCGCCUUUGAAGCUCAAAUUUUUACGAUUUCUGCACCUCUCGAAAGCGCGUAAACUACACAGGAAAAAUGGCGGGAAAUGAUCAUUGGGCUUUCCCCAGCUCCCGAAAUAACCAAUCAGCGCUUGCCUUCAACUUGCGAGUGUUCCCUUGUUGCCUUGACAACGACAAACUCGAAAGAACUUUGGUCUUUUUUUUCACUGUUUUCAACACGAAAUACACUGUAAAAAGCGAAUUUGUAUAUAAAAAAAAAACCCAGAAAAGCAAAGACAUCAAAGAAUACACAGUAAAGUUUGUAUAUAUGUUUUUUUCUACUUAUUUUAAUAAUGUAGUUCAUUAAAAAUCACUUCAAUAUUCAUAGUUUUUUAUGGUACUACUUGCUUAUGAAUCUUUCCGCUUUCACUUUGAUAACAUUUACAGUUGUCGCUUCAAGUAGUUUAUGUGUUCUUUCCAACAACAUUAAGCAAUCUUCUAAUCAAGUCGCCAAUAGAAGUUUUCCUUCGGAUAUAUUUUUUUAUGCAGCAAAAAUGAGUUAUGAGUCUAGCUCAAAACGACCUUUAUAUCCGAAAAUAGAUCCAAUAACUGUCCUUAAAAAGGUUAAGAGAGAUUCAGAGAUUUCCAAGUGUUUCUUUUGCGAGGGCAGUGAGACUGCAGCAGGCAGUGGCUUGAGUAGUUUAAACUUCCAAAAUAAUAUGGACAUGAACUGAAUAGUCUGAAAUUAUUUCGCCAUACGUGUAGCAAAACAACAUGCACUCAGAAAAUCAUCUUAAAAAGCCACUGCAAACACAGAAUUUUAAAAAAAUUAACUGUAUAUUUGCUAUAUCAAUUGUCAGUUUAUCCUUGUUCCAAAUACUUGAAGUUUAUACCAAAUUAUAGACCACUCAUAAAGCAUACAGUAUAAGCAUGAACGAAAUUAAAUAUAAGCAAGAGUCUUUCAUUCAAUUCGAAUAUUUCAACUUUUAUGUAUUAUACAAAAUUCUAUUUCAAUUCUUAAUUGAUUCUAUAUUGUCGUUGCAAUUUAAUAAUUGUGUUUAAGCCAACAGGGCUAAACUAGUCUACGAAUUUGUAUUGUCUACCUUUGAUAAAGUACAUAGACUAAUAUGGAUGAAGCCCAUUUUCGUCGUCUAUCGAUCCAGUUUUAUCAAACAGUGUUCUGUCGGAAUGAACAGCGAAUUAUCGCAAUAAAAAUUCAUUAUUUUAUAAACAGACAGUAAUACAUGAUAAGUAACGUUAUUAUAAAGUAAUAUUACAGUAACUUACCUUAUUUCUGUAGUCUUGUGUUACUUUUAACAGCAAAAAUACAAUAGUUUUUAUUUGUUUACCUUCGAGGCAUGACAUUUUGUUAGCGCUGAUUGGUUAAAAGAAACUAAUCAGAACGCAGGUGACCAAUCACAAUUUAGAACUUGUUGCGUAGCAACAAAGAAGUGCAUUUCACAAUGGCGAACAAUGUAUUUGAUGGCCGCGAACUGGCAGUUGAAAGCCUUCGAAUAUCUCCGUUAAAACUCUGAAUCAAAGGUGCCAACAACCAAAAUAUUAAAGAUUGUGUCUAUUGGAAAUUAUCUAGCAUUGUUGGCUGCUUGUAACAGAAAAUGCCAUCACCGAUAACAAUUUCGCAAGUUGGCCGGCCGUCUAUAAUAGUUGUUUGGAAGUUAGCUUCAUCCCACCAAAAUUUCUAAUGAACCAUUCAAAAAAGCAUCCAUACCUCCCACACAGAUGAAAUUGGAAGUUAACCCACCCCCUUGGAUAUCCUAAUAUACAUUACUAUCCCCCCACCGGACAGCAGAAAUUUCCUCUGUGGGGAGAGUGUGGAUCUUUUAUGUAAUGUCCCAAUUGUAAUUUUUGGCAAUCAGUCACAGUAAUGAGGUUUUCCAACCAAGGGGGGGGGGAACAAAUAUAAAUUAGGGGGGGCAGCAUGUCAAAUUUAAUAGUGGUUAACUUGACAUUUCAUUCUUUCCCAGGUGGGUAAUUUUGCCAGGAUGGGACCUGCCCCCUCCCACUCCUGUGUGACACUACAUCACUGAUCAGUCUGUAAUUGAUCAGUUCGUGUUGAGCUUACUGAAUUGUUUUAUUAUAGGGUGUUUGCAACAGACAACAAUUUAAGAUCAGAGCCAAAGUUUAUUGUGUUUUUUACACAAUUAUUUUUAAAUUUUGUCCCAAUUGCAAAGCAGAAAAUCCUGAUGUUGAGGUUCACCAAAAUGGUACUAUGGCCAAAGUUAAAUGUACCUGUACCAACCCUAAGUGUAACAAUAAGAAUUUCACGUGGACCAGUCAACCCCUUAUUCCUGGAACAAGAUUACGAGCUGGAAAUUUCCUGCUGUCUUUUGCAAUUAUUGUUGCUGGAGCAUCUGCAACCAAAAUCUAAGAGUCUUACAACACAUGGGAGUAGCUUGUAUUUCACUAUCUACAUUUUUCAGUCACCAACGUGUAAGUGAAAUUUUUAACAAUAUUGCUUGUGUGUCAAUUAAUUACUGUCAAAUGGUUAGUUAAAUACAACCAUUUUUAAUUGCCAAUAGGAACUUCAGAUAAUGCUGGAUGUGAUGGUACUGACCUGAAUACACAAUUCCAGAAAGUACCGUAUGGUACAUUGGUUAUUUAUUCUCAGAUUCAUGAUUGAUAUCAUAUAUAUUUUAUCUUUCUACCUAAUUGUGACGUAAUUGUAUGAAUUAGGUAUUUUACAUUAAAUAUAUAAUUUAUUAUCCAGGCACAUGAUUUCAUGAGCAUGUCACAAAUAGCUGAGAUAAACGGUUUUAGGCCAACUGGCGUAGCCAAGGUCUGUACUCCCAUACACUCCGGGCAGAAAACGAGGGAGGGGGGGUGCAAAGUGUAGAAUAACAAUAAAAAUAUUUUUUCCUUGGUUAUUAUUUUCUGUCAGCACAUGUUUCAGAAUGUGUGAAAUGCUGUUUUAUGGACCCUAGUAAUUCAAAAUUUCAACAGGGGAACAAUGUCCCUUGUUGCAUCAUAUUUUCCUGUUAUCAUUCUAUGUCUGUUUUGCCCCUUCCCCCCCAAAGUCAACAACCUGGCAACGCCACUGUUUGGGCAGAGAUCUGAGAUCUUGUCUCUCAGAUCUCUGCCUAUUAAACAGUGGCGUAGCCAGGGUUGACUUUACAAUUAGUUUAUGGAAGCAUGCACUGAGUGUGAUUCACAACCUGUAAUCCCCCUAGCUGUUGUCUGUUGAAUUUAUCAGUGUUGAAACUAGCCUGGAAACUAGCCAGUUUAGUUGAGGAAACUAAAUGACAAAUAGAUAGCAGUGUAUAUUUUGAUUGAUUGUUAAAUAGUAGAAGUAAUUUAUAUUAUUCUCAUUCUAGGAAAAAUUGUUUCCUGCAAUCCUACUACACUGGAAGAAAUACCAAUCAUGUAUGAUUGAACAAUUGAAGUCUUCUGGGAAACAACUUGUUAUUGCUGGUGAUGGGAGACAUGAUUCAAUGGGGCACAGUGCAAAAUACUGUGCAUACUCAGUGUUUUGUUGCACUGUUCCCAACAUUAUUGAUUUUUCUAUUGUGCAGGUAAUUUGAUCUUAAUUUAUGCUUUGUGUUUCAUGAUAACAUUGGUUUGCCCCUCUACCCGCAAUAUUUGGCAAAGUGUCUGCCACUGGUAUCAACUACUAUAAUUGUCUUUUUUCAGAAAAAUGAAGUGGGAAACAGUCCAGCAAUGGAGUAUGAAGGUUUCAAAAGGUCUAUGGACAACCUCCUAAAAAGAAAUAUUCCUAUAUCUACAUUUGUAUCUGAUAGACAUACAUCCAUCGCCAAGCAUAUGCGGGAAAAGCACAAAAAUAUCACUCAUUACUUUGAUCUUUGGCAUUUAAUCAAAAGUAAGAACAACCAAACUUUAUUAGGGUUCAGUAAAGCAAUCAGAUCAUGGAUUUAAAUACAUAAAUAACAUAGACUUAACUAUUUAGCAACAACUUAACUAGCCUAAUUCUGCCUAUACGUGUCUAUAUUUCACCCAUUGAAUCGCAUUGUGCAAUGAUGUGCCCUACUUUAUUAUUUUAUUCUGUCUAUUAAUUAAUUAAACGCCAGAUGAUAUACUCAUCAAGGGGAAAGUGCCUGGCACUUAAUGGUUACCUAUUAACAUGUCUUUUUCAAUAUGCCCCUUUUCAUUACUUUACUGUAAUGCCAGGUUGUACAUACAGAAAUUGCUAAUGCUACUUGUAUAUUCCACACAUUACUAUACAAUAAAUAUCACACACAUCCUUUCUUUUAGAGGUGUCCAAGGUAUUGAAAAAGAUUGAAAAGGAAAGUGGAUGUGAGGCAAUUUCACAAUGGAUAAAGCCAUGCACCAACCAUUUGUUUUGGAGUGUGACAACAACAUUCAGUGGGCAUGGAUUGGUAAUGUUAGCAAAAUUCAAGUCAUUUUUCAGCCACAUUAUAAACCGUCACAGUGAACUUCCUGAUCGACUUUUUACCAAGUUUGCACAUGAUUCAAAUAUCCAAGAUCGGAAAUGGCUUGAUGAGGGUUAGUCAAUAUGAUGUUAAAAAAAGGAUAGAAGUGUCUAUAUUAAUACUAACUUCACCGAAAGAAUAUUUUGCUUUCCCGAAACCUUGUCUAGUACCGGUAAUGUCUAUAGAUAUCACAUUAUACUUAGCAACUUAUGCUUUGCCUUUUAGAUUCCAUUACCUACAUCAAGAUGCAUGCAGCUUUGACUAAGCGAAGUUUGGUACCUGGAAUAAAAAAGGCUUCUCCACUAGAGCAGACUAGUUGCCUUGAAGGCUUUCAUUCGGUAUUGAAUCAGUUUUCACCCAAAAUGCUAAGCUACUCGUACCCUGGGAUGUUUGCAAGGUAGAGUGAAUGAUUAUGAAAACUGUUAUUUUUUUUAAUUAAGAAAUAAAGCAAACCUAAAAUAUUCCUGUUUUAGACAUGCCCUGGCAGUAAUUCAUUUUAAUAUUAACUUGAAGAGGUAUGUGAAAGAAAUCAAUGGUGUCAAACAAGUUAAAUUAGUAUAUCCUAAGUUCAAAAAUGGUGAGGCCGUUGUUAGGAAUGUUACAGUAAAACCAAAUUUUAGUAAGCAAAGCUUUUGCACAUAAACAGAACAUUGAGGCUAAUUCUGUGAACCACCUUGUCAGAUAUUGAUGACUAUUCAGGAUUAUUGUCAUUCUUAAAACUACUGUAAUACCCAAAUAAGAAGAUUUUCUGGAAUCUAUACCACCUCCAGCACUGUUAAUAGAAAUUAAGCAACAACCAGUCACCAAUGUUUAUGGAAAUAUUCUAUGAGUUGUGCAACUUGCACUGCAUCCACAUAUUCUCUGGAGAAUCUACACCCUCUGCAAGAUCUGACCUUGCCAAAUUUCAAUUUUUGUAGACUAUGUUGAAGAGAUAUACCAGACAACCCUAUGUGCUAUUAGAUAUAAUACAUUGAAUAAAGCAGAAAAAGGUCUGAAAUUAAUGACUCCUUUGCCAAUGAGCAGCAUGCUAAAUAAGCAGUCAAAGGAUGAGGCAAUCCAGAAACACAGUGCCAGAAAGGCCAUGACAACCAUUGAUGUACCUCCUACUAAUCCAGGUACAGUAUGUAUGACAAUUAAAACUAUCUUCAGUUUAGGAAUGUUUGGUAUGAAAAAUUUCCGGUAUCGGUAUACCGAAAAAAUUAUACCGAUAUUAUCGGUAUACCAGUCUUCCUGAAGGAAAUUGAAUAAUUCUAAAAGGGAAAACAAUCAUUUCGAAGCUGUUUCGAACUACACAUACUAAAUGUAAAAUCUCACUGAAGUGGAAAUUCUAAAUCAUUGCAGUAGAAAGUUCUUUGAAUUGCCAUUCAGUAGUAAAAUAAAGGUUAUGGUUUUGCCAUAUAGUUGGUAAAUUUAACACGGUAUACUGAAAAAUUCUGGUAUAUCGGUAUGGUUGAAUAUCCGGUAUCGAUAUACCAAUAUUGAUUUAAUACCGAUAUUUUCGGUAUAUCGGUAUACCGAACAGUCCUACUUCAGACUAAAAUAAUCUAACAUUAGACAAUGUCAGUAAAUGAAUAAAAUAGGCAUAUUGCUGUGACAAUUUUUACUGUAAAGAGGGUCUGAAUGGGGUUAACUGACUACUGACAUUUGCCUGAAUUUUUGACUGACAACUGACAAAAUGUCCUAACUGACAACUGAGAAAUAAUGACAAAACCAUGAGUCAGCUUUUUUGCAGUAACUGACUACUGACAGCUUGCAAUAUAUCGCACUGACAACUGACUUAAAUUUUAGCUGACAAAUGACACCCAUAGACCCCCAUUAAGACCCUCUGUAAAGUUAGCCAUUGUUCGAACCAUAUUCGGAACGUUCAGUAUGUGUACCCCAAAUUUCUUUUAACAGAAACUCAUUGCAUAGAUACAUAAUAGAAUAUAAAUAAAUAUUGUUUUAAUUAUAACUACAUCAACUAUAUAUUCUUUUUUAAGCGUUUGACUUUGAUUUCAUAAAUAGUCUUAAUCAAGUGCUCCUGCCAUUUCAAAUAUUUAAGGAUGAGUGUCAGGGUCAUGCAUUGCAGACUUUUAUUAUUGUCAGCAAGAAAUGACGAUAAAAAUUAUCUUGUUUGGUUCAUUUCCAAAAAAAAAUUAUGUAAACGUUCUGAGCGGGGAUUCAUAAAGAAUGGUUUAAAUAAUUGACGGAUUAAAAAGACAUUUCCCGAUCAGUAGUCCUAGUCGGCCCAUGAAAUGGAUACCAGCAGGAAAGGAAUUUGCACCUGCAAUGCAUGAUCCUGACACUCAUCCUUUAAUUAAACAUGUUAAACUAUUUGACUCCUUCUAUUUCGUACUUUAGUACAAGAAGCUCCAGUCAGCCAGGAUCAAACAACAGGAAGAGCAAAACCACACUGUUCCAUUUGUAAACAACCCAUGAAAGGUCAUAAAAAUGUUGCUAAUUGCCCAAAAAACCAGAAGUAA